UCCGGUCUAUAAAACCACAGGGAAAGUAUAAUGUAUACUCCCCUCGGACCAAACUCCGGGUUUCGUAAAUGCUUUAGCGGAGAGGAGACUUAUCCAGGUAGUUUCAGAUACACGGAGACACGUAGUGUGAGUUCUAAACUUAACAGUUUAUCGGACAUUACUUUGUGACCUCGUAGCUCCUCUAGUGUUGCUUUUAGGAAUAAAUACAUAUGUGAAAUUCAAAACAAUUUGUCAAUCUCAAUAGAUAGCUUUUCAAUAGAAGGAGUUAUGAUUGAAUACAUAUAAUAUUUCAGAAUUAAGUGAAAUUUACUUUUGUUUGAUGUGAAUUGAGUGCGAAUCUAAACAAAGCUAUGGUGUUUUUUACUCCAGAGACCGAAUUUUAUGAAUUGAACGAGGGCAAGGCCGGCCUGAGCCACUCGAAAUAUCCUUCAGAGCCUCCUGAUAUGCAUAAUGACCAUUUUAUUAAGAUUGUUUGAAAAUAAAGGUUUUUGUGGAAGUAAAAGCGAAUCAUUUUUUGGAGACAAAAAUGCAGGGCAUGGAGACAGAGGCUUGGAGACGUAGCGAAAGGCACGGAGACGGUUUCUCGGGGCUUGGUGGUCAUUCUGCUUAUCAGGAGGCUCCGGAGGUCAUUACGCUGGGUUUAUGACGGCCCUGCACCCCCUCCCUCCUCUCGGGGGAUUUAAGAACAUUAUUGUACAAAAAAUUAAUUUACACAAAUAAUACAGAAAUUAUCUAUUUAAAAAAACGCAGUGUAUUAUUGUUAAUAAAGUCUUGUUUUUGCCUCCUUACAUAUAGCCAUAGAUUAAUAAACAUUAACAGAUAGGAAACUAGUUAUCGUCUUUUCCAGAUUUAGGCUGUUUUCUUCUUCAAUAACCCUGAUGCAGAAGCCCAAUGGAGUUCCGUGAAGGCAGCACAUGCUCUCUCUCUGUCUUAUAAUUCAAUUCCGCCUGCGUGGAACUCCUUUGGGCUUCUGCCUUAGGGUUAUUGUAAAUGAAAAACCCCUGAACCUUGAAAAUACGACAUCUAGCGUCGUAUCUGUUAUUUAUUAUAAAUCUAUGCAUACAGGAUUUAAAUUUCAGAUAUAUUAUGACGUAAUGCCCUCUAUCUUUAGUCGAUUAUGCGGGAAAAAGAAUAACGAUAACAGUUCUCCCCCCGGCCCUACAGGGUUAAAAAUGGAUUCUAGUCAUGUUAGAUUUCAGGACAGUGAUUUAGACGAUAUUGGAACUUUUAGUGGAAAUGAAACUCAGGCUGAGAUUCAUUCCUACAAAAGUAGACGGGAUCAAGAUCAGAAUAGAGAUACGGAGCAGAACGUAUAUCUAGAUACGGACAGAUAUCUAGAGAAUGGAGGAUUUCCGGAGAAGAAUGGAUAUAUAGAACAGAUCGAGAUUCAGGAUGGAGAGGAAGAGGACAAUGAUGAGAAUAUGUACAGCAAAGUAUUUGAACCUCCUCCUCCUCCUCAACCCUUCUCAGAACCUGACUCCGAACCAACCUCCAAACUUCGACCCAAACCUAGACCUAGAUCCAGGUCUAGAUCUAGAGACCCACUCUCGGAAACCGUGAGCAGUGUUAACCCAAACCAGGAGAAGCAACGGAGACGGUUCCAACCCCGGAGCAGAAAGGUUCGGAGAAGGUUUGAAGGAUUUGAUUGGUUGGAGAGCAAGGAUGAAUCCCCAGGAGAAGUUUCAGUUCUCAAGAAUAUGGUUUAUAAACUCACUCAGCAUCUAAGUAAAGAGCAGUCGAGACAUUUAGAUACAGGAAUAUCCCUGACAGAGUUCCCUGAUGCCCCCUGGAUACACGAGCUUGGAGGGCUUGUCCCUCUUCUAGUUGCAUACGAGGAGGAGAUUAGAGAACUCCAGGACUCAAAACAAGGUUUACAAGAGGAGGUUGAGGUUGGAAGAUCAAGGCUGCAGGAGCUUAUUAAGGAUAAUAUUGAGAUGGCUGGACAACUGCAGGAUAUAGCAACAAGUGCUCCGGUGGACCUAGAGGAGCAUAAACUUAUUAAAGAAAGUGCAAUGUUGGUGUUAGAGGAGAAUAUUUUGCUGAAGGAGAGGAUAUCAGAAAUAUCUAAUCUACUCAGCUUAAAGGAGGAGGAACACACUGAAAAUAUAAGACGGGUUGCAGAGGAGAAGAGAGAUAUGAUAAAAAACCUGGAGGAACAGGUCUCAGGUCUCAGGAACGAGAUAAACGGGUUGAAGACCAAGAACCAGGAGCUACAGGAGCAGGUCAGGUCUGGAGAAGAGAUAAGGUUGAGAAGAGCGGAGAACCUGGAAACCUCAGCUCGAGACGAUCUAACGGCAGAAAGGGUUCGACGCGACAAACAGAGAGCAGAGAUUGAGGAAUUACAAGAGGAGAUUAAGAGAAUAAAGACGACUUUUAGUCAAGGAAGGGUUCUGGUUUAUUACUGCAGUAGGAUGAAAGGAUAAAAGAAUAGAUGAAAAGAUUAAAUGAUAUGUGAUUAGGGUGAAGAAAGAUAACUGAAUAAGAAAAGUUGUAAAUUCAAGACAAUUAAACAAAAUCAUAAGGCAAGAUGAUAUAGAACUUUAAGGAGUAGAGGAGAGGGGUCGUUUAACCCUAUCCAGGCUGGGGUCUGAAUCUAUGUAAAGAUGUGGACGGGGGAGGGCUUCCCACAUCCCCCCCUCCUUUAGAAAAAGAGUAAAGAUAUAUAGUUUUUAAAGAUGUAUAGUUUGUGAAGGUGGAACCAAACCAGAUAAAUAAUAAACGAUGGAGACCAAUUUCAGUAAACAUAUUUUAAAGCCAUGGCUCAUUAACAAAAUAAGACCGCUAACUUUAAUGGUACGAAUGCUAGAGAGGUUAAAUAAUAGCUAAUAAAGGUCGGAAAAAAAUUCAAAAAUAAAAUUAACAAAAAUGGAAAAAGUUCAA